AUGGGGCUAAUCGAGGAGACAGUGACGAGCCUUACCAGGGCCGUGCUGAACAGGGCGAUCCACUACGCCGAGUCUGCCAUCGCAAAGGAGGCUGCCCUCCACCUCGGCAUCCAGCGCGACCAGACCUUCAUCGCCGACGAGCUCGAGAUGAUGCAGGGCUUCCUGAUGGCCGCGCACGACGACCGUGACAGCCACAACAGGGUCGUGAAGAUCUGGGUGAAGCAAGUCCGCGACGUUGCCUACAACGUCGAGGACUGCCUCCAGGACUUCGCUGUUCGUGUCACGGUGAGGAGGUCCUGGUGGCGUUUUCCUCGCAAGCUGCUGCACCGGCGGCGCGUGGCCAAGAAGAUGAAGGAGCUCAGAGCAAAGGUUGAGGAUGUCAGCCAGAGGAACCUGCGCUACCACCUCAUCAAGGCAUCCAAGCCAAUCUCCGCUGAUGAGCAGUCGUUGGCCGUCGCCAGUGCAACCAUGUCUGACAUUGACGAAGUAAGGCGGCAGCAUGAAAAGGCAAAAGUGGCUCUCGUUCGGCUCAUCAGCAAGAAGGACAAUGACCUUAGAGUCAUUGCGGUGUCAAGGACAAAUGCUAUCUGUCUUGGAGAGACCUCCAUCGUCAAAAGAGCCUACGAAGAUCUCAAGAUACACAAGAAAUUCGAGUGUUUUGCCUGGAUCAGGUUGGUGCGACCCUUCAAUUCGACAAAGUUCUUGCAAAGCAUUGCCCGGCAGCUCUAUGUACAUUAUCUUCAGCAGGCCAAGCAAACAGAGAAAAAUCCUGCAGAUGCCCAAGUUCUGAGAAAGAUGGGGAUGAUGAGUGAGGAGGAUUUGGCUAAUGAAUUCAAGACAUAUAUCAGUGAGAAGAGUUACCUGAUUGUGAUUGAUGACAUACACACCGUUGAAGAGUGGGAUCGCAUUAUAACAUGCUUCCCACAAAGCAAGAAAGGAAGCCGAAUCGUAGUGUCGGCACAGCAAGUUGAAGUUGCAAGCUUAUGCGUAGGGCCGGAGAAUGUAGCACCAGAGCACAGGCAGUUGUUUGCUGAUCUUCAUGCUUUCUACGAGAAGAGUUUUCAAGAUGCAGCAGAUCUGGUGGAAACAGGAUCUAGCUCAAAUAUAUCCUGUAUGUAUAAUAAUAACUCUCUGUACAGGAAGAGCUUAGUUGUUUUGAAGGAAUCUGAGCCCAUCGGACGUGACCAAGAAAAAUCUGAUACUAUUGAAAUAAUUACAAAUGGUGAUAGCCAACACCUUGAGGUGGUCUCUGUGUGCGGAAUGGGUGGUCUUGGGAAAACAACACUAAUCAGAGAUGUCUAUGAAAGCCAAGAGCUCAGUGGCAUGUUUGAGAAGUCUGCUUUUGUCACAAUAAUGCAUCCUUUCAAUCGGGGAAAGCUCAUUGAGAGCUUAUCUAGACAGUUUGGAGAAAAGGAUGUGGAAAACAUGUACCAGUAUUUGGAAGGAAGGAAAUACUUGGUUGUUCUUGAUGAUCUCUCGUCCACCACGGAAUGGGACGCUAUAAAACAACAUUUUCCUCCAACAGGCACAGCAAACCGGAUCAUAAUCACCACAAGAAAAGAGGAUAUUGCGAAGCAUUGUUCGAAGAGGCAUAAGAAUAUAUACAACCUCCAGGGGCUGGUAUACAAAAAUGCCCUUGACCUCUUCACACAGAAGAUAUUUGGCAAGAUUACAAAUUUGGAUGAUCAAUAUCCAGAGUUGGUUGAACAAGCAAAGCUGAUCCUAAAGAAGUGCAGUGGACUUCCCCUUGCAAUAGUCACCAUAGGUGGUUUCUUGGCAAACCAACAAAACACACCUUUGGAAUGGAGGAAGUUGAAUGAGCAUAUUAGUGCUGAGUUGGAACUGAAUCCAGACCUUGGGCCCAUAAUGACAGUCCUUAAUAAAAGCUUUGAUGGCCUACCAUACUAUCUUAAGCCUUGUUUCUUGUAUAUGUCGAUCUUUCCAAAAGAUCGCGAGGUCAGUCGGCGUCGUUUGGUGCGUCGGUGGAUUGCAGAGGGUUAUUCAAGGGAGGUGCGUGGCAGGUCUGCAGAGGAAAUAGCAGAGGGCGACUUCAUGGAACUCGUAAGCAGGAGCAUGCUCCUACCAUCUCAACAAUCAAUUCAUGGUAGAAAAGGAAUUGAUGCAUGCCAGGUCCAUGAUCUAAUACGUGAAAUCAGCAUCAAGAAGUCAACUGAAGAAAAUUUUGUUUUCACACUGGAGGAAGGUUAUGGCUUAAGCAGACGGGCCACAGUUCGGCACCUUGCUAUAAGCGAAAAUUGGAAGGGAGAUCAAAGUCAGUUUGAGAGCAUAGUGGACUUGUCCCGUGUGAGAUCAAUAACAGUUUUUGGGAAGUGGAAGCCAUUUUUUAUUUCUGACAAGAUGAGGUUGCUACGAGUGCUGGACCUAGAAGGCACACCAGGCCUAGCUGAUCACCACCUUCAGCACAUUGGGAAGCUUCUUCACCUAAAAUAUUUUUCCAUAAGAGGAUGUGAUGAUAUUCAUCACCUGCCACACUCCUUGGGUAACCUGAGGCAACUCCAGACACUAGAUGUCAGGGAUACGAGAAUACUAAAGCUGCCAAAGACCAUCAUCAAACUUCGGAUGUUAACCUAUCUCCGCCUUGGUAGGAAAUCGACUGACAAAAAGGUGUCAUAUGAGAAACUUGAAGAGAAGCUCUCAAAUUCAAUGGGCAACAACAGGCUAUGUCUAUUGACUUCAGGGUCAGUGAUGCUUUGUGCAGCUUGUUGUGCACCCCGUCAUUUUGGUUAUUCUGAAGACAUGAACCGCCAUGACAUAUGUACUGCUGCUUGCUGUGCUAGACUCCCUGCUGUUGCCAAGCGUCUGGACAGGUAUGGAGUUCUAGCUCCUAGAGGGAUGAGGAAACUGAUCGGCUUGCACACACUGGGGGUUGUAAAUGUUGCACGGGGGGCAGUCAUUCAGGACAUAAAAAAACUGACCUGGUUGCGCAAGUUAGCAGUAACUGGCGUCAACGGGAGAAAUGGUGAAAAAUUCUGUUCAGCAAUCAAUAAUCUCAACCGUCUUGAGUCAUUGUCAAUACGGUCAGAGGGAGAGCCUGGAUUAUGUGAAUGUUUGCACUGGAUGACCUCGCCCCUGGAAAACCUCCAGAGCCUCAAGCUGUACGGUAAUCUGAUCAAACUGCCAAGAUGGGUCCAGAGGCUCCAGAAUCUUGUGAAGCUGAAUUUACGGAGCACCAGGCUAUCGGGGCAUGAUGGUGAUGUGGAAGUUCUUGGGAGGAUGCCAAAUCUGGCCAUCCUGCAUUUGUUGGAGAAGUCGUUUCAGGGUGAAGAGCUUCGUUUCCAGAUUGGGAUUUUCAGAAGCCUCACAGUUCUUGUGUUUGGAAACUUUGGGGACAUCAAAUUGGUGAAGUUUGACCAAGGAGCAAUGCCUAAGCUUGAGCAACUGCAGGUCAGGAAUGACUGGAGGGUAAGUGCUGAAAAUGGUUGUUCUGCGAAUGAAGUUGCAUUUUCAGGGCUAGACUUUCUCCCAAGCAUCAAGGAAGCCCGGUUAUGGUUAAACAUUAUCCCGGAUGAACAACUCAAGGAAAUACCAGAUGAAGUAUUCCUCAAGGCCAGCAACUUUGAGGAACACUUUCGGACCCAGCUUGCCAACAAUCCAAGGAACCCCAUUCUGAAGGUGGGUGAGCUCGAGAACCAGGACUAA